UCAUAUUUGUGAACAUGAAUUAAUGGAAGGAGAAGGACUUAAAAAGACCUUGUUUAUUUGGUGGCUUCUGUUCCUAAAUUAUUUUAGUUUCUUGAAUUGGGAAUAUGGAGAUGGCCGCUGUCUCUUUGUUUGUUUUCUUUGCUCUCUUUCAACCCGUGCUUCUUCAACCCAUAGAAGAUCCAAUUUGUCCCCGUUUUAACUGUGGAAGUCUCGGGGAACUCGUCUUCCCUUACACUAACAUAACAGAGAAUACGGAAUGCGGUUUAUUUGUAGUGAAUGACUGUGAUAAGGAGCAUCAGCAGAUCCAGUUAGAGAGAGGAUCAGGAAAAUGGUAUACAGUUGAAAGGAUCCAAUUCCAAAACCCUCCAGAGCGUUCCAUUUCCAUCAUUGACACAGAGCUUCAGAAGAGUUUGGAUUCAAGGAAUUGCGCAUCCUUCAACAGUUUAAGUCUUCCGCAUGUGCCAGACGUUAAUAUACAAAUUGUGCCCAGCCAAUUAAUAACCCUGUUGAAAUGCGAUCCUACUGCUAAAGUUACAAGUCCUCUUAUUAAAUUUAACUACACAGGGUGCCCCAACUUCAACAUUUUCUACACUGGCAUAACUAGAGAAGUACCUAUUCCUCCAACCAGUUGUUCAACUAUUCAGCUUCCAGCGAAUAUAGACAAUGGUUAUGAGGAUAUAUUCAAACUAUUAACUGCUGACUUCACUCUUCAAGUGACUCUAUCAUUUGAAUUCUACUUUUGUGAGCAGUGCCAUUUACAAGCAGGCGAAUGUCAUGGCAACAGCACAGGGAAGUUGCAGUGUCUAAAUGCCAAUGGAUCGGAAAUUAAAAUAAAUUGGGAAAAAGAAGGGCCAGAACCUCAUAAGAAAAAGAAGGAAGUUGAUUUCAAUGUGAAAUACAGGAUGGUGAUAGGUUCAGCAGCUGCUUCCGCUGUAAUUCUUAUGAUCAUUUUCUGUUUCUUUAGAAGAGAAUUCACAUUUGAUAAUGUGAACUUCUGUUGGAAGAAGCAAACAGAAGAAUCUAAAAGUAUAGAGGCCUUUCUCAGGAACGGUGGACCUAUGGCAAUGGAAAGGUACAAAUAUACAGAGGUCAAGAAAAUGACACAGUCCUUUAAAGAUAAGCUAGGCCAAGGAGGUUAUGGAGGUGUAUUCAAAGGGAAGUUACCUGAUGGUCGCGAUGUGGCAGUAAAGAUCCUGAAGGAAUCAAAGGGUAAUGGAGAAGAAUUUAUCAAUGAGGUCGCGAGCAUUAGCAGAACUUCUCAUGUCAACGUUGUUACUCUUUUAGGAUUCUGCUACGAGGGCUGUAAACGUGCCUUGAUAUACGAGUUCAUGUCUAAUGGAUCACUUGAGAAGUAUAUAUCUAAGGAAAAGUCUUCAAGAGCCAAUCAUGAAUUGGGGUGGGAAACAUUAUAUGAAAUUGCAGUUGGCGUUGCUCGGGGUUUAGAAUACUUGCAUCGAGGCUGUAAUACGAGGAUACUACAUUUUGACAUAAAACCCCACAAUAUUCUUCUUGAUGAAGAAUUUCGUCCUAAAAUUUCUGAUUUUGGGCUAGCUAAGAUAUGCCCCGGAAGAGAAAGCAUCGUAUCGAUGUUGGGUGCAAGAGGGACAGUUGGAUAUAUUGCACCAGAAGUAUUUUACAGAAACUUCGGUGGAGUAUCUUAUAAAUCUGAUGUUUACAGCUACGGGAUGUUGGUGCUGGAGAUGGUUGGAGCAAGAAAAAACAUUUGCCUGGAAGUUGGUAAUACUAGCGAGAUAUAUUUUCCAGAUUGGAUAUACAAGCGUAUAGAAAUAAAUGAAGAUCUUGGACUCUGUGGGAUUGACAAUGGAGAAGAGAACCAAAUAGCAAGAAAAUUGAUUUUAGUGAGCUUGUGGUGCAUACAAACAAAUCCCACAAAUCGGCCGCCAAUGGGCAGCGUUGUAGAAAUGAUGCUAGGAAGUGUUGCAUCCCUGUCAGUCCCGCCUAGACCAUGUUGGUCUUCCUUGUCAAGAUCCCCUCCACAACUAUUAGCAAAUUCUUCGACUACAAAUGAACAGAGCAAUUCAGUUCUCACAUGUAAUUAAAUGCGUUAUUGUCAGGAUUCAAAUGAGCUCAGGAAUCAAUUCUACACACCAAGCACAGCUGGACGAGCCACAGCAAGAAGAUUUUAUGGAGUAUCAGAAUUGGUUAAAGAAUUGAAGGAAGAAUCAACAAGAAUUAACAAAACACUCAUCGGUUUAUGGGCUUUCACCAAACAUGAAUAUUACUGUUCAUAAUGGCAUAAUGGUUAGUGGUUCUGGUGCUUGUACCCCGGUAACAAAGAAGACAACCGACUAGCAAGAAAAAAUGGCGUUGGUGAGCUUUGUGGUGCGUAUAAACUGAAUAGUUAUCUGGAAUUGUGACAAUUUAUAAACUAUUAUUUCAAAUUAAGAAAUUAUAAUUUAUGUAUGAAAAUUCCAUUGUACUAAAGUCCAAUUACAUUGUGUUGGAAAUUCUUGUUUAUUUGUUGCUUCACUAUUUGGGUACAUGACCACUAGCCGCUCU